ACCUGUAAAUAAAUAUAUUUAAUUUUAUUUUCAAUUUUAUGAAAAACCAACCCAUAAUUCUCCAUUACCGCUCAAUUACACACAUACAUAUAUUUAAUUAUAAUUAUAAAAUCGUAAAAAAAAAAGAAGAAUCAUAGCGGAAGCGGUUAUACAGUUAGAAAUAAAAAAACGACGGAGUAAAUAUAUACAUACAUAUACAUACAUGAGUAAGCGGGCGGUUAGUAGUCGAUCGAAACUUAUAUAUAACACUUUCUUUAUUAUUGUAAUCCCUCCGCGCUAGCUUCUUCUCCAUUAAUUCAACUCAUAAACCCUAGAUAACCGCCAUUCCCCAAAUUUGAAAUCCAUCGGCCAUGAGUGCUGAUAGUGUUGUCUCGUUCGAGGGACCGGCUGAAGCUGAAGUUGCACCGCCGCCGCCUCCGCCGCCGCCUCCGCCGCCUGCGCCGCCUUUUCCGGACGUAAACAAUGCGGCAGGAAUUGCAAUCUAUAGCUGUCUUUACAUGAAUCUGCAGACCUUCAUUUCGGCUGUAAAUGGGGCAUUCACGGCAAGCCAACAAUUUGUCGGACCUAACGCCGCAGCACAGAUCGAAGGCUAUCUUACUGUCAUGUUCCACGAGAUCGGUGGAAAUUGGAAUGUCGCCGUGAAUCGGGAUCCGUUUGGGAUGCCCGAUCCUACGGGAGACAACGUAAUUUCAUACCAUGUCAAUGGGUAUGACAUUCUGAUCUACAGAUCAUUCGAUUUCCCGAAUAUUGGUGAAAUUAACAAUCUAUGGUGAACAUGCAAUGUGU